AUGGCGGAUCUCAUCGACCCCGGCACCACCAAAUUGGUCAUCAUCGUCUCCCUCUUGUGGAUCAUCUCAUUCACUCUCUACAACCUCUACGAGAUCAACGACAUCAUCUUCUAUUCUAUCGCCAUCGGGACUGCAUUCGUUUUCGCCUCCGCGAGCUGCGUUUGCCUCGGAGGUCUUGCCGUCAUGGCCGUCUACUUUGCGGUCCUGGCCAACGCUGCGAUUCUGUGCAUUAUCGUCAUGCUCAUUCCUGUUCUUCAGUAUAUCAUUCAGUACAUUUCAGCUAUCUUUACUCGUAUCAGAAAUGUUUGUGAUCGAGUGAUCGGAUUCUUUAAUGCGGUGGCGCUUUUCUUGGACAACAUUACUAUGGCAGUGCAGUUGUUUCCCCCGUCGUUUGACAGAUUUCUUUACGGACCUGAAGGUCCUGAGCCUCUAACUGAUGAUUGA